CUGUUGACUUUUAUUUUGACAGGCUGGCUUGCGUUGACGCACCGGAAAUGGAAACCGCUGGGCUGAUUGCCUUUGCUGACUUUCAGGCGAUCUUUAUAAUUUAAUGAGUGUGGACAGAACUGACCGACAGCAUUCGGGGUGUCCGGAGUACAGAGAAGAAUGAAUUCGAGAACUGAGCGUCGAGGAAUCUACGUGGAUCAGGCGGCCCUGCUCUGCAACAAAGGUUGCGGUUAUUAUGGCAAUUUGGCCUGGGGAGGCCUCUGUUCCCGAUGUUGGCGUGAUGAGAACCACAAGGCACGAGAUAAGCAGAUUGAGGAAGACCACGAACUAGCCAAGAGACUGCAGAAAGAAGAAGAAGCAGCCUACGCAGGUAGCAACCAGGGGGCGCACUCAGGGAACUCGUCCGUCCGGCAGAGCAAACCUGAAGAGAAAAGAAACGGUCAAAAAUCACACGCUGUUCCAUCGGGAAAGAAAUUCUUCACCACGCUCGCAAAGACAACCCUAGGCAGAGAUGUCAAUGUUCCCAGCCAGCCACCUCCCACCACCUCCAUCAACCAGCAGCCUGUCGCAGAAUCCGACCAAGCCGCAAGACAGUUCAUCGAUUUCCUCAAGACCCUGCAAAGGCCUGGACGGGAUAUUUUUAAACAGUGCCAUACUUUCUGUCACAGUUUAACUUACAAGAAGGACCUUGGUGCAGAGGACCUCUCAGAAUCUGUGCAAGACUUUUACCAGAACCUGUCUGAGCGCUUACACAAUCUCUACAAAGGAAGUCCAGAGCGAGUAGAAGUUAUAAUGGAUGAAGUGGAGAAGUAUAUAACACUGCGGCUGUAUGAACAGGCUUUCUGUCCUGAAUCUGCAGACGAUGAGGUCAAAGACUUGGCCAUCCAGAAGAGAAUCAGGGCUUUACACUGGGUUACGGUUCAGAUGCUGGGUGCCCCAGUAAAGGAGGAGAUUCCUGCAGUGUCGGACAGCCUGGACAGGGCCAUUACAGAUAUAAUUGAGAUGGACUCCAAGCGUGUGCCCAGGGAUAAGCUGGCUUACGUCACCAGAUGCAGCAAGCACAUCUUCAAUGCAAUUAAGAAAAGCAAGAGAGAGGCCGCGUCAGCUGACGACUUCCUUCCAGUGCUAAUCUACGUGGUGCUGAGGGCCAAUCCACCCCGGCUGCAGUCCAACAUCCAGUACAUCACCCGCUUCUGCAACCCCAGGCGUCUGAUGAGUGGCGAGGACGGAUAUUACUUCACCAACCUGUGCUGUGCCAUAGCUUUCAUAGAGAAGCUGGAUGCUCAGUCUCUAAACCUGAGUACAGAGGAAUUUGAACUCUACAUGUCUGACCAGCUGUCUCCUGACAGGCCACAGGCCCGUGGAGUCUCUUACCCCUCAUCCUCUUCAUCACGGAGUGGCCCCAGAGCGGACAGGUCGGAGAACGACCUCAUCGACUGGGGAGAUGGAGUGGAAGCCCCUGUUCAGGAUGUCCUGGAAGGGCUUAACCUUAAGGACUCUUGUGCCCCUUCCACCUCUGCGAUCGACUCGGACAAUGUAGACAGCGAGGGGUUACCGCCUCCUCUACAGCCUCAGGUUUUCGCCGGGUAGCUGUGUUCCAGAUCACACCGUCCUCUGUAAUUGACUGUUGAUCUUUUAACAUGCUCCUGAGUAUGGGCCCUACUGACUGCAGGCUAAUAGGAAGUGGGAUCUGUCUACUUAUCUUUCCGUUAUACGGUGAAAGGGAUUUGCACGUUUAUUCUGUUACAGCUGAGCUCAACACUCAGCGUUUAUUUUUUUCCACUUGUUGUGAUCGAGUAAGCCAACACUGCGACUGCACACAAGAGGUUUUCCAUGGCUAAGCUUAAAUAUCUGUCAAUAUGUUUGGCAGGCAUAAGGUAUGUGAAGCAAAACAAUAGUAAAAGUUAAAGGUGUUACUUUAAACACGUGAAUGAACAAAUGAUUUAAAUUAGAAUUUAGGAAAAUGUGCGAUUCAGGAAAUUACCAUUCAACAGAUCUGUUUAGUUCUCUAACCCCUGAAGUUAGCUUCGCCCCCUGAGAUGGUGAAAAGGUUUAUUUAAUUCAGUAAUUGAAUAUUUAAGCUUCACAGCAGAUUCAUAGAUUCAAAGCAGCCACCGGAUAUUUCGGAUGGCCCGUGAUGGGGCACAUCCUGGUAUCUAUUGGGGCAGAUGUUCUAUAAACUGCUAUGGUGAGCCCGUGGAACUCGACAUGGUUUCUUUAUUUAAAAGUAUCUUGAUCCUGAACGUUUCUAAAGAUGUGACCCACACACAGAGAGAGACACAGUGUGCUACUAAAGAAGCAUGUCUGUAGGAAAAUGUUAAACGUUCCUAAUGAGGCAACAUCUGAUCAGGCUUCAGUUUGAUGAAGAUAGACAUGAUACAGUGUCUAGAAAGCAUGUGUGUGCAUUCACAGCUCAUUAAAUGAGUGUUGGCCAUCUCUCAGUCAUCCUUCCCUGCCAUGGCGACUUGAGGUAGCUAUUUAUGCACUUUUCUUUUCUUUUUUUUUUUUUUUUUUACUUUUUUUGCCUUUUUUGAGAGAAACUGUAUUUAUCGCAGUCUGGUCAAAAUGCAUUUAUUGUGACUUUCGGUUUCCUAAGAAUAUAUGAGUCUGUAGAAUCAAAGUAUUAAUCAGGGAUGAUGACCUUCCUCUUCUGUACAGGUGAUAGACGUUAUGUAAAAUUUUAUCUUAAAUACAGAUUUCAUGUUAUUUAUUAGAGUAUUUAAUUGAUUUUGUCGAAACGAUAUUGUGGUCUCGCGGUCAAUAUAUUCGCCAGGAUUCUAAACUUUCACCAUGCGUGAAUUGGAUUCGAAUCUUUAUUCUAACAUUGCGUUCUAAUUCCGAUGUCGAUGAUGCACUGUGAACAGAUUUUAAUUCAGACAACACCAGCUCAUCCGCACGUUUUUUCCUCGAUUUUCGGUACACACUACUAGUUCAAAUUCCGACGAAAAUUCCAGACCGCUGGUCUGAAUUUGCUGAAAUAGCAGCAAUUCGUAAUGGCUUGAAAUGUUUUCACUUCCUGAUGAUAAAUCUUGCUCAUUAUGGGAUAAAGAGUCAUCUUUAACACGAGUUGCAAUAUCGAUGCUGUCUUAAGUCAACUUCCGUUAUUUAGCGUGUUGUUUUUAAACAUCCUGGGAAGAUGACCGGUGAAUGCUUCCACUUGUAUUUCAUUGGGUUGGUGUAGGCUUGAGGUCUGUAAGCUGAAAUGCUUGAUGAUAUAUGACCUAAAUGUAGUUAAAGGUCAAAGGACAGGGCAUGGAUGUAUAUUACUGACCGUUAUAGAGUGUAUCAGAAUUAUGUAUGUAUGUGAAAAAUAGAUUUAUGUCGUUUUUGGCCACAUGCAUCUGCGUACUGCAUAUAUUACUGUAACAUUAUAAGGUUAUGCCCGAAUGUAGGCAUGGCAGUCCAUUGGGGGGGAAAAAAAUAAAGCCUAAUGGCUAUUUAUGCAAUGAAACCUUAACAAAAAAAAUGAGAAUUAAAGCCUGAGAAUGAACGAAGGUGUAAAUUGU